AUGUCUCCUUUUAAUCUCAUUAGUACUAUUUUGGGUCAAAACAAACUAGAGGGUUCUAACUAUGUUGAUUGGUGGAGAAAUCUCGAUAUCGUGUUAACUGCUGAAGAGUAUAAGUUUGUACUCAAUGAUGAAUGCCCACUGAAACCAGAUGAACAGUCUAGUGAUGAGGAUAAGUUAGCUUAUCAAAAAUGGCGCAAAGUUGAUGAGAUGGCGCGAUGUUACAUUUUGGCUUCAAUGUCAAAUGUGUUGCAACAUCAACAUCAAGCUAUGUUAUCUACUUUUGAAAUCCUGGAGAAUCUCAAACAAAUGUUUGGAGACCAACGUCGAUCAGCUAAGCAGACUGCCAUGAGAACUCUCAUGAACACUAAGAUGGUUGAAGGCACUUUUGUUAGAGACCAUGUUAUGAAGAUGAUGGGUCUUCUGAAUGGACUAGAGGUCUUGGGGGCUGAAAUUGACAAUGACUCUCAAAUUGAGAUGAUAUUGCAGUCUUUGCCUGACAGUUUUCAACAGUUUUGCCUAAAUUAUAAUAUGAAUAAGAUGAGUCUAUCUUUGACACAAUUAUUGAAUAAGUUGCAGGUGGCAGAGACACUUGUCAAAAAGGCACCAUCUAUGGCACUAAAUGUUGAGAAAUUUUCUACUUCUAAACUGCAAGGUGGACAGAAGAAGAAAAAGUCUCACAAAGCUAAGGCAAUUGCACCUCCAACUGGGGCGUGA